UCAAACAUGGCGUCCAACAAGAUUGGGAAAUUUCGUUCUCUCUUCAUUUUAUCUUUUCUUCUUUUAUUUAUCAAUUCUACCGGCAGAAAACACCACCUAACCCUAAAAGAUGAAGCGAGAAAAUCCUUUGAGUUGAGCAAAUUUGGUUUCCUGAAAAAUGGGUUUUUGAAGGUGGAAGUUAGAAAAAUUGUGUUCAAGAGUGCUAGGAAGGGCACGGAGGUGGAUCAAGCUUUCCUAUCUCGUAAAUUUGGGUUUUCACUUGAAAAAACUGCCAGUGAUGGGAUCUCACCUUACAUGGAACAGCAUGCUGGAGAGUGCAUUCUUAAGGAUCAGACUAAUCUGCAGAACCGCAUGUCUGUUGCUGUUUUCAUCUUUGAUUUGAAAAAGAAGAGCAUAAUUGUUCAAAGAUUUGGUCCUGAUUUCAACAAAUUGGAGAUCGGGUUUAUGCCUCCAGAAGAACCCACUACAACAAACGAAAAAAAUGGAAAUGAUGAAAGUGCAAAAGAAAAGACACAUAACGAGAAAGAAACAGAAGAGGGAAAUGAAACAAAGGAAAAGAAAAUAAACAAAAAUGGAACGGAAGUGAUAGCAACAUCAACACCAACGACAGGUUUGAAAUCUACGAGCAAAUCAUCAGCCUCGACUCCAUUAACGCAAGCUGCUAAUUUAACUCCUGCCAAAAAAGAGAAUGAUGCACAGAGUAGAAUCAGACGUGAUGAAAAGUCAAAGAAACUUGAAUUCAAUACUACUUAUUUACCACUUUCCUCAAGAACUAUGAACGAGACGAUUGAAUACUCUGGCAAUUUUACUGUGACAGUAAAAGACAAGAAUGAAGAAGGGUUAUAUAACCUUUACUUUCAUAACUGUGCAAAUUAUGGGGAGAAGACCGAGGUCAUGGUUGACAUUCAGGUCAAGAUAGUAGAAAAGAACGCCAAGAAUUACUUAUCAGCUGGAGAGGAGCCUCUUCCACACCUCUUCUCUGUCAUGGCAGCAGUUUUCUUCUUGACAGCAUGUUUUUGGAUAUAUGUUCUUCGACAAAACAGAGAAAACACGUUCAAAGUUCAUUACAUGAUGUUUGUCUUGAUUAUGCUCAAGGCUAUGGAUUUAGCAUUUGAGUCGAUAAACUACUACUAUAUUAGUAGUGAUGGGAUCCCUAAAGGGUCUUGGGCUGUAGUUUACUAUAUCACUCAUCUGCUUAAAGGUGCAUUACUGUUCACUACCAUCGUCUUAAUAGGCACUGGUUACUUCUUUGUAAAACAUGUAUUAUCUGACCGAGACAAGAAGAUCUUUAUCAUAGUCAUCCCCCUACAGAUUCUUGCAAAUUCAGCCCAGAUUGUCAUGGAUACUACUGAAGAAGCUAGAGUACAAUAUGCAACAUGGAAGGAAUUAUUUAUCCUGGUUGACUUGAUGUGUUGUGGAGCCAUUCUCUUUCCUGUUGUGUGGUCAAUAAGACAUUUACAAGAAGCUUCUAAAACAGAUGGCAAGGCUGCUAUUAACUUGGCAAAACUUAAACUAUUUAGACAUUUUUAUGUGAUGAUUGUUUGCUAUAUUUAUUUCACAAGGAUUAUUGUCUACUUGAUUAAGAUAACUGUUCCAUUCCAGUACAUGUGGUUUGAUGAGUUAUUCAAAAAUGCAGCAACGUACAUAUUCUUUGUACUCACUGGGUACAACUUUAGGCCAUUCCCUGAUAAUCCAUAUCUGCAUGUCGCCCAGGAAGAUUCAGAUGAUGAAAUAGAAAUGGAUGAAGUGGUUACCACCAAUGGUCUGCUGGAUGGUGUAACAAGAGUACAGCCUGUAAUGAAACAGCGAGACACCUCUGAAUCAAAAACGUUUUCAGUAUGAAAAGAAAAUAUAAUUUAUGAGACAGGAAUCCUGAAAAUGUAAAUGAAAAAUGUAUGAACUCCAGAAUAGUAUGAAAUCAUCCUGUGAUAAUUUUAAGGACCAUUCAUUUUUUACCGGGGAGGGGGUGGUGAAAUUUAUCAGGGGGAGGGAUUUAUUAAUAAUAUUAAGAUCCACAGGAAAAUUUAAGUCGCAAUCCACUUUUACAAACAAAAAUAGGAUGGAAAACAGCAAUAAGAGGGGGUCAGAUUUCAUAAAUGGGUUACCAAGCAAAUCCAACCACCCUCCCCUCCCUGCUUAAAAAUGAAUGGUCACUCAUACUUAUCAUGAACACAUAUAGGUUGUGCAGAGACUAGUAUAAAGUUGUACUAUUCUGUUCUACUACCAGUCUUGCAUAAAUGACCACUGGGUAGCCAUUAUUUCUACCCUGUAUACCAAUAUUUAAUGUCCCCUCCCCCCUUGGGACAUUUCCUUAAUUCCCCAGAGGAAGUGGGAUUGCUGAGCAUAGGCUAUUAUGCAUUCAGAAUCGUUUUUGAGUUAUUUUAUUUAAAUGUUUGAUUCUGUAGACAGCAUUCAGAGUUAUAUUGGAUGCGAGGCUUAGUACCAGAGAAAUGACAGUAAAACAAAUGGCAAAAAUUCCAUUGAGAAAGAUUAUCAUUUCUUUCUAUUUUCUUUGCUUCGAAACUAGGAGUCUAUUGAAAGUUAAAAGAGAAUAAGUCAGAGUCACUAGUAAGUGAGAAAAAAGGCUUUGUACCUAUAUCACAUGACAGCCAUGUUUAUUCUCAUGAGAAGAAAAACCUUUGAUUAAAACAUAGCAAUGUGUUCUAAAGCACAUGAAUAAGACUCAGGCUACACGUGGUGAAAUCUAUUGUUACAUUGCUGCCGAGUGAAAAAGGCGCAUGGGUCUUCAGGCCAAACGUAACAGCCACAAUUAAAUAGACAAUGUCUUGCCAAAAUUAUUGUAACUUUUUGUUAGCAGAAGCCAAAAUCUAGUUAAAGAAGCCAAAAUCUAGUUAAAGAGAUUACAGGAACAUGAAAAAAUAUAAAAAGUUAAAUUGACCCUAUUUCAUAAUGAUGUCGCUAGCUAUAAGAAGAUAUUUUACAAAUAAAAACAAAAAACAAUUAGAAGAUAAGAAUGAAACUAAAACACUACUAGAGUGAAGGCAUUUAACCCGUGAAGUAAAAAUUAUUAGUCAACGUGUAAUAGUCAAAUAGACACUCUAUCAUUGCAAGCUCAUCGUUUGUCUCGCUUUGAUGCAAAGGCAUGGCUACCAUUCAAGA